ACUUCACAGGUUUCACUUUUCCUCACAUGACUCACUGAGGGCGACCGUGUGGAUUGCUGCUCGGUUCACGGACUUGGAUUAACAGACUUUGACAUUGAUUUAAUUACUUUGACAUUAAUCAAAGCGGUAACAACAGGGCCGAUUGGAAUAAUUCUUCUACAAAUUGCAAUACAACUUUAGCAGCAUAUUUCUUCAUGUAGAUCAGAUCCAUUUGUCCUGUUCACCGGCAGAGCGCAACAUGAGGACGUUACUUGGAGUGUUAAUGGUGGCAAUUGUCUCAGGUGAUAAUGAGGUGACUAUCAAUGGCACCCUGGAAGGCAGUGUCCUUCUGCCAUGCAACUGCCCAGAGAGAAAUUUGGAGAAGGAGUUUAUGUGGCAAAUUGACGAACCAAACAUGAAUGUGGUGUUCAUACACAACACGAACACUUCAGGCUUCCAUGGCAGAUACAAGGACCGAGCCAAAAUAUUUGUGGCUGAGAACAGCAGUGACUGCUCCCUUCUCCUAACCAAGAUCACAGCAGAUGACCAGGGAAAAUACAAAUGCAGUUAUGAUCAUAGAGACCAAUACAAUCGUUUUUUUAUUAAUCUAAACAUCUUUGCAAACUACACCGUUUGUCAAAACUCUUUCAAGAAUGGUGCCAUAAACACUUACCACUGUCAUGUUGAAGGACGCUACCAAGAAGCCGAGAUCCAGUGGUAUUUGGAAGGAAAUGUUCUUACAAAUUCAUCCGAAACUGACAUAACCCGCACUGACCCUGUGGGUGAUCCUAAUGGCGUCUACAGUUUCGAGAGCCAACUUAUGACUGAAAGCAACUGGACUUCACAGCCUACAUGUGACGUGAAAGCCAAAGUCAUAUCGCCUAUCAUUAGCAAUGACUGUGAACAAUGGACUGAUCCACCCAGCAAAAUCAUUGCACAACCAAAAUACAUCAUGAGAUACUCAUUCAAAAUCAUUCCCAUUGUGUUGGUGCUUGGACUUUCCCUCUUCUUGUGGCACCGUUGGAAAAUCUCACGGGGUUUACCGAGGAUAAGAGGAAUGCAGUCAGAUGACUUACAGUGAUAAAUAAGAUAAGAUGAUGAUCCACUCUGAAAGUUUCAAAAACAGUUUCCACUGCAAUGGUGGUUAGUUAUGACUGUGCCAUCAUGUCCAUGCAGAGACUGUUUACAGGCAGGUUACAUCCUGUGUUCAUGCCAUUCAUUCUUUUUCUGACAAUAAUAUCCACUUUGUGAACUUGUUGAUGUUGACAUUCUCUCCCGAGAGCUCAGACUGUCAAAAGAGCGUGCCCUCUGUGAGGAUGAACUGAUAUAUUGAAAUGCAAACAGUUACACCUUAGUAACUAACAAAGCCCAAAAAAUGUAAAAUCGUCUCACAGCAAAAAUAAAUCACUAAAUGUGUGCACUAGAUUCCUUACCAGGUGAUGCAUGGUGAGGCUAUUCAAUCAAAAUAACUACAGUAUUUAUAAAAUUGCAUCGCUGACAUGGUAAAAUGCAAAACAAGGUCACAAUCACUCUAUAAACCCAAAAACAAUGAGACCCAUUUUUCAGUCUUUAAGUUCUAGAUGUCCUUCAUCACAACAGAAAUGCAGCAUAAAACUGAGCCAUUUAAUGUUUUAAUGUACCUUGGCAUAUACAUUUUAAGUGCCAUCAUUUGCAUGUGUAAAAAUAUGAAUUCUGGAUUGAUAUGGACCAAUUUUAUAAGCUGUUUUAUCAUUGUUUACAAUUAAAGUGUUGUUCAUUAUGCAUUGUUCAUUCCCACUUAUAUAAAUGUUACACGUGCAAUGUACAUAUUUGUGGAAGGUGUAUAAAAAGUGUAUGCUUGAGGGCCACUAUGCUGUGAUUUUCUUUUAAAGGUCCUUGGACAAGGGUGUGUUCAAAUGUAAGCUGUUCUUCUAUAACUGCCUUUGCAGUAGACUAAUUACAUUGAAUGCUGUUGGUUUGCCAGAUUUGUUUCAGCUUUUGUAAAUAAAGUUAAAGUGAUUUUAUGUAAUGUAUAGUACAUCAGGGUUUUGGAUACAUAUAGCAUUUCUGUGACAUUCCCAAUGUUGUUUUGUCAUCAUUAUCAUUUGUGCUUUCUGUAUGUAAAUUGCUCUGAUGUGUGCAGGACAGUAAGAGACUAUAAUAGCUUAGCUGAAGAACACCAUAUUCUUGACUACUAUUACUGGACAACAUGUUGAGACUUAUCAAUGGUGUGUAUCUACACAGAGGACAAAUUCUACUUACCUCUGUCUAGCUAGAAGAAAUGUGGCAACAUUUGGCUGUGUGUGUGUGUGU